AUGCGCUCGCCUGUUGCUUUCAUCCUGGCACUGGCCACGGUCAAAUCCGCCAUUGCUUUCCCAGGCAUCCCGACUUCGCCCUUCACGCAGAAUGGUGAUGGAGUCUUGGACCUGACGGGACUCAAGACCAUUGUGGUUGACGAGCUGCAUGCCGACUCCAGAGACACCAGGGGUUCGACCCUGAUCCCACCGACUCUCGAGGAGUUCGCCAAAACCUUUGCCGCGGAUGUCAAGUCCGUGUUUGGUCACGAGGUCUCCGUGACACGCGGCUCCGAUGCUGCCCGUGACGCCAUCUUCUUGACGCUCGGAGAGGCUGGUGACUAUCUUGACGUCGCCGGCCGUGAGACCUCGGAAGGCUACACACUGGAAACGGCCAGCGACGGCGUCACCAUCACAGGUGCAAGUCCUCUGGGAGUCUGGUGGGGAACCCGGACUCUGGUGCAGCAAGCCCUACUCGGCCAAGGGUCUCUGCCCCUUGGAAGUGCCAUUGACAGUCCAGGCUGGAACAGUCGAGGCAUGAUGAUCGAUGCUGCCAGGCACUAUUAUCCUGCCGAGUUCCUCAUCGAGAUGUGCUCCUACAUGUCAUUCUUUAAACAAAACACAUUCCAACUGCAUCUGUCUGAUAACCUCUGGAACAAUGCGCGUAUAUAUACCUAUGAGCGCCAGAUGGAGCUGUAUGCUGCAUUCAGGCUUGACUCGGAUGACCCAGCUGUGGCCGGCCUCAACAAGCGCCAAAACGAGUCGUACAGUCGCGAAGUCUUUGAUGAAAUCCAGACCAAGUGUGCAGCAAGGGGCGUCACCAUCCUGCCAGAGAUCGAGACACCAGGUCAUGCGCUCGUCAUAUCGCAGUGGAAGCCCGAGAUAGGCAUGUCUUCCGACUACAGCCUGCUAAACAUAUCGCAUCCGGAUACGAUCCCUACUGUUAAGGAGAUCUGGCGGGUUUUCCUGCCCUGGUUCCAGAGCAAGGUUGUGUCUAUCGGCGCGGAUGAGUACAGGGACGAGUCGCUCGAAUCAUCUGCUCUGGCCGAGGAAUACACUCGCUUUGUCAAUGAGAUGAAUGACUUUAUCGUGAGCAAGUCGGGGAAGAAAGUACGCGUGUGGGGAACGUUCCCUCCGCGUAAGGGUGGACACGUCGAUACGAGCGUGUCUGUACAGCAUUGGGCACCCUGGGAAGCCGAACCUGUCGCCGACUGGCUUCCCAAUGGCUACAGUGUUAUGAACUCGGGAGAUCGAGUAUACAUCGUGGGCAAGUGGUCUGAGCCGUACCCUCAGGAGCUCGACCAAAACUUCAUAUUUCAUGGUACACCUGGUGGCGAUGCCUUUGCGCCCAACAUAUUUGACCCAAACAAUGCGACGCUGAACGUGCCGCGAAACGAAUCCAAGAUUGAAGGUCACAUUGCUCCGUUGUGGAAUGAUUAUGGGCCCAACUCUACAACGGUUCUGGAGACAUACUGGUCGUGGAGAAACGGUCUGCCUGCACUCGCGGAUAAGCAAUGGGGUGGCGAGCUGACGGAAACUGAGUAUCCUGCGCUUUUUGCAGCGUUGCAACCUCAUAUUCCAGACCAGAACCUUGAGCGCAAGAUUGCCUCUCAAGGUCCAACCAUUCUCGAGUAUGACUUUGUCAGUGGCCAAGCAGGCGAAGGGGGUCAGAUCCAGGACCUCUCUGGAAACGGCUAUCAUGCGACUACCACAUGCGCCAACAGCAACGAAGGCAUCGUGCUCGACUCGUCAUGCAGUGUCAAGACGCCGCUGUCUUCCAAGGGACGCAACUACACGCUGUCCUUCUCGAUCAAGCCGACAUCGGACGCAAAGGGACCCAUCUUCACAGGACCCGAUAGCGCACUGUGGUACGGCAACGGCACCGUCGACCGCGUCAUGAUGUUCUCGGGCGAGAGCGUCUACGCGCUCAACUACACAUUCCCUGUCGGGGAAUGGGUCGAUGCGAAGCUCAUCGGCAGCGGCGACAGGACGUACCUUGACGUGAGCGCAAGCAGCGGAGGGACCACCUCGCCAACGGGGCCGAUGGAGUUCCUGACCAUCAUUGGAUGGAACGGUGAGAGGUUCGUAUGGGAGAAGAUGGCGUUUGAGGCCCCACUGGCGACCAUUGGAGGUGGCGGUUUUGAGGGGAUAGUCAGCCGAAUGAAGCUGGUGGACGAUUGA